AUGAGCUGGGCUUUGGAAGAAUGGAAAGAAGGCCUGCCUACAAGAGCUCUGCAGAAAGUUCAAGAGCUUGAAGGACAGCUCGACAAACUGAAGAAAGAAAGGCAGCAAAGGCAGUUUCAGCUUGAAACUCUGGAGGCUGCACUACAGAAGCAAAAACAGAAGGUUGAAAAUGAAAAAACUGAGAGCACAAAGCUCAAAAGGGAGAAUCAAAACUUGAUGGGAAAAUGUGAAAAUCUGGAGAAAGCUAAGCAGAAGAUUUCUCAUGAACUUCAAGUCAAGGAAUCACAAGUGAAUUUUCAGGAAGGACAGCUGAAUUCAAGCAAAAAACAAAUAGAAAAACUGGAACAGGAACUUAAAAGGUGUAAAUCUGGACUUGAAAGAAGCCAACGAGCAGCACAGUUGGCAGAUGUCUCUCUGAAUUCAUGCAACACACCACAAGAGAUUUUUACAACUCCACUAACACCAACUCACUGUUAUAGCGGUUCCAAGUAUGAAGAUUUAAAAGAAAAAUAUGAUAAAGAAGUUGAAGAACGAAAAAGAUUAGAGGCUGAGGUUAAAUCCUUGCAGGCAAAGAAAACAAGCCAGGCUAUUCCCCAAACCACCAUGAAUCACCGAGACAUUGCUAGGCAUCAGGCUUCAUCCUCUGUGUUCUCAUGGCAACAGGAGAAGACCCCAAGUCGAAUUUCAUCUAAUUCUCAAAGAACUCCAAUUAGAAGAGAUUUCUCCACAUCUCAGUUUUUUGGAGAACAAGAGGUGACUCCGAGUAGAUCCAGUUUGCAAACAGGGAAAAGAGAUGCUAGUAGCAGUUUCUGUGAUAAUUCUAGCAGUUCUCAUCCUUUGGAUCAGUUAAAAGCCCAGAAUCAAGAGCUAAGAAGCAAGAUUAAUGAAUUGGAAUUACAUCUACAAGGACAAGAAAAAGAAAUGAAAGGCCAAGUGAAUAAAUUUCAAGAACUACAACUCCAGCUGGAGAAAGCAAAAGUAGAAUUAAUUGAAAAAGAGAAAAUUUUGAACAAAAGCAGGGAUGAACUAGUGAAGACAACAGCACAAUAUGACCAGACAUCAACCAAGUGUACUGACUUGGAACAAAAACUGAAGAAAUUGACCGAAGAUUUGAGUUGUCAGCGACAAAAUGCCGAAAGUGUCAGAUGUUCUCUGGAACAGAAAAUCAAGGAAAAAGAAAAGGAGUUUCAAGAGGAGCUGUCCCGGCAGCAGCGGUCCCUCCAGACACUGGACCGAGAGUGCGCGCAGGCAACGGCCAGGCUGGGCCAGGAGCUGCAGCAGGCCCGGAGCGCCCAUGGUGCCCUGCAGGCCGAGCUGGACAAGGUCGUAUCAGUCAAGCAACAGCUAGAAAAAAGUUGGGAAGAGUCUAAGCAGAAGCUCUGCCGAAGUGAACAGGCAUUGCAGGCGAGUCAGGUCCAGGAGGAUGAGCUGAGGAGGAGCAGUGAGGACCUGAAGAAGGAGAACAACCUCCUUAAGAGUCAGUGUGAGCAAAAGGCCAGAGAAGUCUGCCACCUGGAGGAAGAACUCAAGAAAGUCAAGCAGUGUUUAAACCAGAGCCAGAAUUUUGCAGAAGAUAUGAAAGCCAAGAAUACCUGUCAGGAAACCAUGUUACGAGAUCUUAAAGAAAAAAUAAAUCAGCAAGAGAACUCCUUGACUUUAGAGAAACUAAAGCGUGCCGUGGCUGAUCUGGAGAAGCAGCGAGAUUGUUCUCAAGACCUUUUGAAGAAAAGGGAACAUCACAUUGAACAACUGAAUGAUAAGUUAAGCAAGAUGGAGAAAGAGUCCAAAGCUUUACUGAGUGCUUUGGAAUUAAAAAAGAAAGAAUAUGAAGAAUUGAAAGAAGAGAAAGCUCUUUUUUCUAGUUGGAAAAGUGAAAAUGAAAAGCUUUUAAGUCAGAUGGAAUCAGAAAAGGAGAGCUUGCAGAGUAAAAUUAAUCACUUGGAAGCGUGUCUCAAGAUGCAGCAAAUAAAAAGCCACGAAUACAAUGAGAGAGUAAGAACACUGGAGAUGGAAAGAGAAAACCUAAGCGUUGAGAUCAGAAACCUUCACAAUGUGAUAGAUAGCAAGUCUGUGGAGGUGGAGACACAGAAGCAAGCUUAUGUAGAACUACAGCAGAAAGCCGAGUUCUCAGAUCAGAAACAUAAGAAGGAAAUAGAAAAUAUGUGCUUGAAAACUUCUCAGCUUACUGGACAAGUUGAUGAUCUAGAACACAGGCUUCAGUUACUGUCAAGUGAAAUAAUGGGCAAAGACCAGCGUUACCAAGAGUUGCAUGCUGAAUACGAGAGCCUCAGGGAUCUGCUAAAAUCCAAAGAUUCUUCUUUGGUGACAAAUGAGGAUCUUCAGAGAAGUUUUGUAGUUUUUGAGCAGCAGGCUGCUAUGAAUAAUUCCUUUGCAAAUAUAAAUGGAGAACAAGGAAGCAUGCCUUCAGAAAGAAAUGAAUGCCAUUUAGAAGCAGACCAAAGUCCAAAAAAUUCAGCUGUCUUACAAAGUAGAGUUCUUUCACUUGAAUUUUCAUUAGAAUCUCAAAAGCAGAUGAACUCUGAUCUGCAAAAGCAGUGCAAAGAGUUGGUGCAAAUCAGAGGAGAAAUAGAAGAAAAUCUCAUUAAGGCAGAACAGAUGCAUCAAAAUUUUGUGGCUGAAACAAGUCAACGCAUUAGUAAGUUACAGGAAGACACUUUUGUUCAUCAGAAUGUUGUUGCUGAAACUUUAGUUGCCCUUGAGAACAAGGAAAAAGAGUUGCAACUUUUGAAUGAAAAAUUAGAAACUGAGCGAGUAGAGAUUCGAGAAUUAAAAAAGAGCAACCAUCUACUUGAAGAUUCCCUGAAGGAGCUACAACUUUUAUCUGAAACCCUGAGCUCAGAGAAAAAGGAAAUGAGUUCCAUCAUUUCUCUAACUAAAAAAGAAAUCGAAGAGCUGACCCAAGAGAAUGGGACUCUGAAGGAAAUUAAUGCAACCUUAAAUCAAGAGAAGAUGAACUUACUCCAAAAAAGUGAGAGUUUCUCAAACUGCGUAGAUGAAAGAGAGAGAAGCCUUUCAGAGUUAUCUGAUCAAUUCAAGGAAGAAAGAAUUAUUUUACUAGGAAGAUGUGAAGAAGCCAGAAAUGCAUUUGAGGAUCUAAGUGAAAAAUACAAAGCAGCUCAAGAAAAGAACUCUAAAUUAGAAUGCUUGCUAAAUGAAUGCACUAGUGUUUGUGAAAAUAGAAGAAAUGAGUUGGAACAGCUAAAGGAUACAUUUGCAAAGGAACGCCAUGAAUUCUUAACAAAAUUAGCUUCCACUGAAGAAAGAAACCAGAAUCUAAUGCUGGAGUUGGGGACAGUGCAGCAGGAUCUGAGAUCUGAGAUUAUAGAUACCCAAAACAAUUCCAGGAGUGAGGCUGAUGGUUUAAAGCAAGAAAUCAUGACUUUAAAGGAAGAACAAAAUAAGAUGCAAAAGGAAGUUAAUGGCUUGUUACAAGAGAAUGAGCAGCUGAUGAAGUUAAUGAAGACAAAUCGCAAACAUCAAAAUCUAGAGUUGGAACCAAUUAGGGACUCUGUGGAAGAAAGAGAGAGUGAGAUAAAUAAACAUAAUUUCCAAUUUCAGAUGGAUCUUGAAGAUAAAGACAUUUCUGUAGACAGCUAUAAUGCACAAUUGGUACAAUUAGAAACUAUGCUAAGAAAUAUGGAAUUGAAACUUCAGGACAGUGAGAAGGAGAAGGAGUCCCUGCAGCACAAAUUACAGACAAUUAGAGGAGAAUUAGAAACUAGAAAUUUGCAACAAGACACUCAGUUGGAAGAAAUGAGUGGCCUGAGAGACUGUGAAAUAGAUGCAGAAGGAAAGUAUGUUUCAGUGCUUCACGAGCUGUCAGCAAGUCAGAAUGACAAUGCACACCUGCAGUGCUCUCUACAGACAGCGAUAAACAAGCUGGAGGAGCUAGAGAAAAUGUGUGAAAUACUGCAGGCUGAGAAGUUUGAACUAGUAUCUGAGCUGAAUGAUUCAAGAUCAGAAUGCGUCACAGCAACUAGUAAAAUGGCAGAAGAGUUAGAGAAACUAGUAAGUGAAGUUAAAAUGUUAAAUGAUGAAAAUGGUCUUCUGCAAGGUGAGUUAGUGAAAGAAAUGCCAGGUGAAUUUGGUGAACAACAAAACGAGAAGUUUUUUGUGUCCUUGAAUCCUCUGGACGAUAGUAAUUCCUAUGAGCACUUGACACUGUCAAGCAAAGAGGUUCAAAUGCACUUUGCUGAAUUACAGGAGAAAUUCUCAUCUUUACAAAGUGAACACAGAAUUUUACAUGAUCAGCACUGUCAGAUGAGCUCUAAGAUGUCAGAGCUACAGUCCUAUGUUGACACAUUAAAGGCUGAAAAUUCAGUCUUGUUAUUGAAUCUGAGAAAUUUUCAAGGUGACGAGGUAAAGGGGGUGAAGCUGGAACCUGAGGAGGGACUCAUUCCAUCGCUGUCAUUCUCUUGUGUAACUGACAGCCCUAGUUUUACAAGUUUGGUAGAGUCCUCUUUUUACAAAGAUCUUUUAGAACAGACAGGAGAAACAUCUUUUUUGAAUAAUUUAGAAGGGAGUGUUUCAGCAAACCAGUCUAAUGUAGAUGAAGUAUCUUGCAGCAGUCCGGAGGAGGAGAAUCUGACCAAGAAAGAAAUCCCAUCGGCUCCAGUGAGGAGUGUUGAAGAACUUGAGACCCUCUGUCAGGUGUACCUGCAGUCCCUCAAGAAUCUAGAAGAGAAAAUUGAAAGUCAAGAGAUUAUGAAAAAUAAGGAAAUUCAAGAGCUCGAACAGUUAUUGAGUUCUGAAAGGAAAGAGCUUGACUACCUCAGGAAGCAGUAUUUGUCAGAAAAUGAACAGUGGCAGCAGAAGCUGACAAGCGUGACUAUGGAGAUGGAAUCCAAGUUGGCAGCAGAAAAGAAACAGACGGAACACCUGUCACUUGAGCUGGAAGUAGCACGACUCCAGCUACAAGGUCUGGACUUAAGUUCUCGGUCUUUGCUUGGCGCUGACAUUGAAGAUGCUGUUCGGGGCCAAAACAAUAGCUGUGACAUAAAAGAAUCAGAAGAAUAUGCUUCAGAAACUGCAGAGAGAGCACCCAAGCAUGGCAUUCAUCAGAUUUGUGGUGAAGAUGUCCAGCAAGACCUCAGUCCAGAGACUGAGGAAAUAAGCGAGACUGGGGCAGUUGAACUUGCAAGAGAGCGGUCCUGGGAGCCCUCCUCAGAAACCAACUGUGAGGCUCCAGCAGAAGAUAAAACCCAGGGCUGUGCAGACUGCAUUUCUGAAUUGUUGUUUUCUGGUCCUAAUGCUUUGGUACCCAUGGAUUUUCUGGGGAAUCAGGUAGCCAUCCAGAAUCUCCAGCUGCAAGUGAAAGAGACAUCAAGUGAAAAUUUGAGAUUACUUCAUGUGAUAGAGGACCGUGAGAAAAGACUUGGAAGUUUGCUAAAUAAAAUAAAAGAGUUAGAUUCAAAACUCGACUUACAGGAAGUACAACUAACAACCAAGACAGAAGCCUGCAGAGAACUGGAAAAAGUAGUUGAGAAACUUAAGAAAGAAAAUUCAGAUUUAAGUGAAAAAUUGCAAUCCUUUUCUUGUGAUAACCGGGAGUUAUACCAGAGAGUAGAAACUUUGGAAGGCCCCAAUUCACGAUUGGACACAGGCACAGAUAAAUCGUCAUAUGGAGUUAUUGAAGAUAAUAUAGCCAAGGUGAAUGGCAAUUGGAAGGAGAGAUUUCUUAAUGUGGAAAAUGAGCUGAACAGGAAAAAAUCAGAGAACGCUAGCAUUGAACACCACAUUCUCUCUGGGGAGGCUGACUUAGUACCAGUUCAAGUGGAGAAGCUAAGUUUAGAGAAGGACAAUGAAAAUAAGCAGAACGUUAUUGUCUCUUUUGAAGAAGAACUCCGUGUGGUCACAAGGGAAAGAAACCGACUUCAUGGAGAGUUGGAUGCUGUGUCAAAACAAAACAAAGACCUGGACCGGAUGUCUGCAAUGAUGAGGGAGAAAAUACAAGAGCUGGAGUCUCAUCAAGGAGAGUGUCUCCGUCAUGUUCAGGAGGUGGAGGCCGAGGUAAAGGAGAAAACAGGGCUCCUUCAGACUCUGUCCUCCCGGGUGAGCGAGCUGUCGAAAGAUAAAGCUCAUCUCCAGGAGCAGCUGCAGAGCCUGGAAGAGGACUCACAGGCACUGUCUUUGGUAAAAUGCGAGCUGGAAAACCAGGAUACUGGAGAAAAAACUUUUGAAGAUAUUGGUGUAAACACAAUGACCGCAAAGGAAACAGAACUGCAGAGAGAAGUGCAUGAGAUGGUGCAGAAAAUGACAGAGCUGGAAGAAUUAUUUAGUGGAGAGAAGAACAGGCUAACUGAAGAAUUAAAAGUACUGUUGCAUGAAGUAGAGAGCAGCAAAGGUCAAUUGCAGGAGCUUAUGCUAGAAAAUAGUGAAUUGAAGAAGAGUCUGGAUUGUGCAUACAAAGACCAGGCAGAAAAGGAAAGGAAAAUGAGAGAAGAAAUAGCUGAGUAUCAGCUGCAGCUUCAGGAAGCAGAAAAGAAGCACCAGACUUUGCUUUUAGACACAAACAAACAGUACGAAAUGGAAAUCCAGACAUAUCGAGAGAAACUGACUUCUAAAGAAGAAUGUCUCAGCUCACAAAAGUUGGAGAUGGACCUCUUAAAGUCUAGUAAAGAAGAACUCAAUAACUCUUUGAAAGCUACCACUCAGAUUUUAGAAGAAUUGAAGAAAACCAAGAUGGACAAUCAAAAAUAUGUAAAUCAGCUGAAGAAGGAAAAUGAACGCACCCAGGGGAAAAUAAAGUUGUUGAUCAAAUCCUGUAAACAACUGGAAGAGGAAAAGGAAAUGUUACAGAAAGAGCUGUCUCAACUUGAAGCUGCACAGGACAAGCACAAAACAGGUGCUGUUGUGGAUGCUAACGUAGAUGAAUUAAUGACUGAGGUGAAAGAACUGAAAGAAACUCUCGAAGAAAAAACCAGGGAGGCAGAUGAAUACUUGGAUAAGUACUGUUCCCUGCUUAUAAGCCAUGAAAAGUUAGAGAAAGCUAAAGAGGUGUUAGAAACACAAGUUGCUCGUCUGAGUUCACAACUAUCUAAACACGAUCUUCGAAGUUUUCCUUUGCUAAAUCCAGUUAUUCCUGGAACAUCUCCAAUCCCUUCUGUUACCGAAAAGAAGUUAUCAUCUGGCCAAAAUAAAGUUUCAGGCAAGAGGCAAAGGUCCAGUGGGAUUUUGGAGAAUGGUGGAGGACCAACACCUUCUACUCCAGAGACAUUUUCUAAAAAAAGUAGGAAAGCAGUCAAAAGUGGUAUUCACCCUGCAGAGGACAUAGAAGAUACUGACCUUGAGCCAGAGGGACUUCCAGAAGUUGUAAAAAAAGGGUUUGCCGACAUCCCAACAGGAAAGACUAGCCCCUAUGUCUUGCGGAGAACAACCAUGGCCACUAGGACCAGCCCCCGCCUUGCUGCACAGAAGUUAGCACUUUCCCCUCUCAGUCUCAGCAAGGAAAAUCUCGGCAAAGAAAAUCUUGCAGAGUCCUCCAAACCAACAGCUGGUGGCAGCAGAUCACUAAAGGUCAAGGUUGCUCAAAAGAGCCCUGCGGAUUCAGGCACUGCAUUCCGAGAACCCACCACGAAAUCUCUCUCAGUCAAUAAGGUCCCCGAGGACAGCCCCAGAGAGGGCCUGCGAGCCAGGCGAGGCCCACUUUCCUGUAGCCCAGCAGCUGGACUUGAGCCCAAGGGCAGCGAGAACUGUAAGAUUCAGUGAAGAAACCUCAUGUGUCAGGACUCCUGGAAAAUGGCAGUGGUUGAAGAGACACCAGUCUGCCUGCAGGGGCUUUUCUUUAGUCAGGGAGCACUUCAUCAGUGGGGAGAAGACAAUUCCUUAUAAAUCUAAAUAUAUGUACUUUUUAGAUCUCCAUAGAUAAGUACUAGGAAAGUUCAGAAGCACUGAUCACCUGUUCAUCAUUGACAUUCCUCUACUGUAAUGUAAAAAUAGUACUGUAUAAAGCUUUUUGGUAACAUGUUACAAUUAAAUGGCAAGCACUAUAUAACAACUUCUGUUUGUAUGUGGAUUUUGCACUAAAAAAUACAGAACACUUUUUAUAUACUUGCAGUUAACUGUUACCAAGAAAAGGUAAACUUCCUUUAUGAUAUUUCCUAUUUAUAGUGUUAGCCACAAAGUAGUUUUAGGUCAAAUUUCUUUGAGCUGAGUAAAAUGAAGGAAAAGCAUGUUAUGUUUUUAAGGAAAACAGGUACACUUGCGUAUAUGUGAGUAUGUUCAUCUUUCUCUUCUAAUGUGUUUUAUAAACCUUUGCAUAACCUGUACAUAUGUGCGUGUAGGGGGUGGGGAGGAGUGUGUUUAUUUUCAGUUAGUCUGGUUGUGGGCUCCUUAAGAGUUGUGAUGUGUCAUGUUUUCUGUCAUUGUGCUGUUUUCUUUUUAAGACUAAUUUUUUACAGUUAUUUGGCACAUUUCUCACAUCUGGUGAUGUAUUAAAUAUGGCCUUUGUUUUCUAAUAAAAGAAAAUUACCUUUGUUUUCUGUAAAAA